GUCUGACUGAGUCAACGUCAAUAAUAAAAUGACAGCCAAAUCAAAGCUGAAAGCUGCAGUCUGUCAUCUAGACAUAUGAGUUAUAAUGGAAAAGAUUCCUGAUCAGAUUGGUUACUUGGUUUUAACAGAGGACGGGGCUGUCCUUGAAUCUGGAGGUGAAUUGGAAAACGACGAACGCGUUGCUACAAUUAUUACUGAUCUUAUUUCCUUAUCGAAUAAGGUCGAUCCAGUAGCAUUUGGACCAAAUGAACAGUUCAAGAAGAUAUCUAUAACUUAUGACGACCAUUGGUUUGUGAUUUGUUUGUCGAAUAAGAAGAUUUACGUUGUAAAGCGCAGCAUACAACCAAAUAUAAGUGAAGGAAACGCAAUUAAUGUCUGAGAAGAACAAAUAAAUCACC